ACUUUCGCCACUAUCAUUCCUGUCGCGGCUGCGCCAACCCGUGAGCGCGCAAACGUGAGUCCGCUCUCGGCUUUCCUCCUCGGAGUUUCCGCGCUGGAUGAUCACGCGCGCCAACACCGAUUCUCUCUCCUCACGUUUUCUCUCCACGAUUUUCCACGAACGGAGGAAACGCGUCGUGCGGUGCAUUCGUGUCGAGGUUAGUUAGUGUGCGGUUUCCAAGGAAAUUGGUUUCACGGACGAAUCGAUCGAUCGUGAACGCGGGAACGCGGUCCUCGCGUGUCGUUCCAUUUAAUUCUCUCGAUAUUUUGUUUUUAUUGGGUGUAGAGAGAGAGAAAAAAGAGAGCGAGAGAAAGAGAGAGAGAGAACGAGUAUCGAUCGCGAUCGAGGUUUUUUUCUCUUUCCUUUUUGUUUUCUUUUACCCGCGGGCGGCUCGUGUUUCUUGGGAAAUGUGUGCCACGUGUAGUGAGCCCGCGAGUUCACCUGCUACUCCUACUGAAUGGGAUUAGAUGAAGUGCACGACGGAUGGCCUGAGCCUCGGAGCAAAUCUUCAUGGAUCGUUCACGAAAAUCGAGAAAUGAUCGGUCGCCGCGGUGUCCCGCAGAAGUUCCGCGGCGCCAAAGAUGCGCGCCACGACGCGCCAACAUCGCCGUCAAGAAUUUCGGAAUUAUAAUUUCACGUCACUCGGUGGCGGCAGGAGAAACCCGAUGGGCGAAACGUGUACCACGCGUUUAUACAGCUAGAACGAGGAAAAAGGGAAGAAGGACACCGAGUGUGCGAUUGACGAAGCCGAGAGAGAGAAGAUCGAUUCUAGCUUUGACAAUGUUGACUGCGGCCACCGUCUCCUCUACCCACGUGCCCGACAAGUAUCCCAUCGAAGUGUAUCAUAUGCUACGGGAGAAGACUCAAUUCGCUCUUGGACGGGAUAAUCGUAUUAGAGGAACCUGGGGUCCGUGGAGUUCGUGGAGCGAGUGUUCGCGUACCUGUGGCACGGGGAUUCAAUCCCAAUCUCGCGAAUGCGUUCCUUAUCAGCGACUGUUAAGGAAGCGGAGCAUUAUCUCGGAGAAUGGCACGAGCAACUCGCGACCCAUUUGCAUCGGUACAUAUAAGCGAUACCACACGUGCAACACGCAGAAAUGUCCGAACUUCCCGGAGGAUUUGCGGGCCGAACAAUGUGCCAAGUACAACGGAAGAAAUUACAAGGGCGAGAGUUACGAUUGGGUCCCGUUUUUGGAUGCACCGAAUUCUUGCGCGCUCAAUUGCCGUGCCGUUGGCGAGCCUUUUUAUGCAACGCUUGAACCGGCAGUAAUGGACGGCACACCCUGCGACGCUCCGAAUCUUCGUGGAUAUAAUGCUGGAAUUUCUAUGGAACGCACCGAUCGAUGGCUCUGUGUCGCUGGACAAUGCAAGCCCGUGGGUUGCGACGGUGUGGUAGGUUCCGGCGUCACGAUGGACGCUUGUGGUGUCUGCGGUGGUCAGGGUAAAGGUUGUAGACUGUACGAGGGCAUUUUUAUGGAACCAAUCCUGCCACGGGGUCAUCAACCUGUAACCAGUAUUCCGAAAGGAGCCAUGUCCCUCAACAUAUCCGAACUACGACACAGUAGCAAUUUCUUAGCGUUGAGAGACGGCAACGGUAGUUACAUCCUGAACGGACCCUUGGCUUACAGUCCAAGCGGCACUUAUAAAGCGGCUGGCACGACAUUAACAUACCAGAGGGGUGACAGAAACCGCAUGGAGUGUAUCUUGGCGACCGGGCCACUGAACGAUUCUUUGCAUUUAGAGAUUCUGGCACAGGAAAUGAAUCCCGGAGUACUUUACAAAUACAUGAUGCCGUUCAAUGGAAAGCCAUUAAUAGCACCGCCACUUUUUGCGACAGGAUCCAUCGAUCGUGGCAACGAAAUCCCUGAUUCGGAUGCGCGUGUUGGCUUCACGAUUCCCGUAAACAGAAUAUCCAAUCAGAAAAUCGAUUUAUUACCGGCGAUUCGUAAUCAAGAUCGAGCACGAGGCCGUGAGAGAGGACGAAAGGAGGAGAUGAAGCAUUCCCCGACUACGGUGAUGGCCGGUGAUCAACCCAAGUUAAAGGGCAAGAAAAAGAAACGUGCGCGAUUCGCUUGGAAGAUGUUUGGAUUGACUCCUUGUUCCAAAGAAUGUGGAGGAGGCGUUCAAACAGCUAUCUUCAAGUGCUUCCGCGAGACCAAGCAGAUGAUCGUGAACGACAAGCGUUGUCGCAACGUGGGAAAGCCGCAACACCCGCCUCCGUUGCGUUGCAACGACAAUCCUUGCCCACCUAGGUGGAGGGCCGAACCGUGGGGCGAGUGCUCGGUCACCUGCGGCACCGGCACGAGAACACGAAAAUUGGAGUGUGUACAGGAACUGAAAGCGAACUUAACAAUGCGAGUGUUAGACGGUGCGUGCGUACAACCGCCCGACCUUAGGACCGUGGAAACCUGUGCGAAACCGGCUUGCACGAAUAGUAGUCCGGAAUUAAGGCAUAUGCACUCUCAACACGACACGCCCAGAUGGGACGUCGGCGCCUGGGGUCCUUGUUCGACGACGUGUGGGAUAGGAAUUCGAAAUCGAACGGUGACUUGCAUCACGUCGGGAAGUGUGUGUCCCGCGUUCAAUAAACCCGAAUCUCAGAAAAUCUGCGAAUCCCCGCCUUGUAUCACGCACAUUGGUAUGGAGCAACGAGCGCCUUGGCUCUACUCGGAAUGGUCGGCCAAGUGUUCGGCAGAAUGUGGGAGCGGAGUGGAAACGAGGCAAGUAGCUUGCGCCGAUGUCAGCGAGUUGUUCUGCAAUCCCAAAGAGAGGCCGGAAACGGAAAGGGAAUGUUUCGGAAGAGGAACGAAUUGCGAUAGCGCGAAAUGGUUCACCGGUCCAUGGACAUUGUGUUCCGUGUCGUGUGGAGUGGGUGUCCAGUAUCGAGAAGUCCUUUGCGUCGCAAGGACGAACAACGAAUUCGUCGUGUUGCCGGCGAGCAAUUGCAGCAGCGGCUCGAGGCCAGCAAACGAACAAGUAUGCAGAGCGGCCGCGUGCACACCGACAUGGUUCACCUCGGACUGGUCGAAGUGCUCGGUGACAUGCGGUACCGGCGUGCAAACCAGACUGGUUCGUUGUAUUCUCGAAGGUGUCAGCAGCUCGAAUUGCGAGGAUGCUGGGAAACCGAGCGACCAACAGCAAUGCAGCCUGGAGCCGUGCAAAAAGGAUGCUACGUCGUCGAUCAAACCGCCGAAAAAAGCGUAUGAAGCAUCGUCGGAAUGCGUUGACAAGCAUCCAGAUUGCUCGGUGGUCGUGAAGAAUGGUUAUUGCCGGAUCAAAUACUACAAGUAUUCGUGCUGUCGAUGCCGCGAAUAGUCGUUCGACAGCCGAGGACGAGUCAUCAUCGUUUCAGGCAGGUUCACCUUUUCCAUAUGGUCGUGGCCGUUUUCAAUUCGAUUAAACUCGUUGCUUUCCUCUUUCCAGUUAAAUAUAAACGGGGAGCUCGAUAGAGAAUCUUAGCGAGUGAUAAGACUGUGACAAAGAGACGAUCACGUUAUGUACAAUUUUAUUUAACGCGAUAAUCAGCUAAUCCCGCGUAGCUUUAUUCCUUCUUAUUGUCUUAUUCCCGCGCGGCACGCUGCGGAAGAACGAUUAUUUAAUUCCACGAGGAAUUCCGUUAAAUCCGGAAAGUGGGAUAGUAGGUGAAAAUUCACGAGAAAUCAACUAGUCGUUCGAGAGCCGAAGACGUUGAAAAGGGAGCACGACGUCGUCCCCCCGUCGAGUAGGAGAGAAAGUAUGAUGCGUCUGUACACUGCAGAAACUCGUAUCGUACGGGGCAUGUAUAUGUGUUUACGUGUGUAAAUAUCUCUCUGUACAAGCGAACAGUUGCAGGAACGUAAUUUUGUCAAUGCAUCGAUCUUGAUCCCGUACUUGACACCAAAAUAACUUCAACAACGAUCGAUAGCAAUUCGAAAUUCUCAGUUCUCGAAGUGCUUCAUUCGAUUGCAAACAUCUCGAAAGCAAAACGUGAGUACCACAUCCAUAAAAGCAACAACGGGAAUGAAAAAUUCUUAUCCUGAAUUUUUCCUGAAUCGUGUGCGAUAAAUUGAAUAGUAGGGAACGAUAAAUAGGUUGGAUCGUCGGCGAAGAACGAGAAGGGAUUAUCAUUGUUACGCCCCUGGAUGAGUUGCGAUCCCAUUUGCAUGCGCGUUCGACGUGAAACCUGUACGCCCAUGUACCCACUUAGGUAAACCCUGCGUGCUUGUGCCCGGACAACCGUGCGUGGACACGAAACGAAACGAACCAAGCACACGAGCUGUGUCUGGUGUCGCUGCGAAAAGGAGAAGUAAAAACGUUUCGAUCGAUACAACUGCAUGUGCUCUCGAUGUACUUCGAUAGGUAGGCUGUAUUAGUUGCAAAAACAUUAUUUAUGCGCUCGUAUAGGCCAAUCGGACCACGAUGAAUGCGAAUAAUUUUUGUUAAUCGAGCAUUUAAUUAACAUAUCGAGUCGAAUGAAUUCGCCGAUUUUGAUUUACGAACCUGACUUUAUUAACAAAUUCAUUCAUCGUGACAAGGACAGCGCGGUGAACUCAAACCGGAAGCGCGUCGACAUAUUUUUCCCCUCUUUACAUUCUUGUUUUCAACAAGGAACGAGUUUGAGAACGCGUUCGAUCUGUAGAGAAAUAUUUUACGUCUCUGUCGAAUCGAACUUGGCUCGAAGAGCUUUAUCGUGAAACUCGUGUAUUCAUCGUUUUCUAUGUAAUUGAUGUCAACUGAUUUGCCUAUUCUUUAAUGUGCGAACAUAGUUGUAGGAUAAUUAACUUUAGCAGUGGUAUCGAAUCAAAUAUACGCUUGUCUCUGUUGUAAAAAAUAUAACACUGGUAUACUGUAUACGUAGAAUCGAAUUUAAUUUCCGACAUUUUCUAAUAAAAAUCGCGAGAAGUAUUAUUAUUAAAAUCCACCAAUUACUCGCGCGUAAGAGAAAUACCUUUACGAGGUAUAUGGACGUAGAUUAGCUUAAGUUCAAAUAGGUAGCGAACGAUCGAUGGAAACCUCGUGAAAAUUGCGUGGGCAAUCAAUUUCUCAGUGUCAAUUAAAUCGCAUUCCGGUUUGCCUUCUCGACAUGAAAGAAGUGUGCGAACACCGUACCAUAUUCCGAUUCGCUUUGUGUCCCUCGAGAAGCUAAAUUUCUGUUGCAAUUCGUUUCAAUAAAAUUUCCGUUUUUUCCUUA